CGCUCCGGUCGGCUUCGGAACGUGGCCGGCUUGGUCAGUCGUCGGUCGGGCGGCUUCCCGAGGAUCGUGAUGAAGGCGUGGGCGGUGCUGCUGUUGACAUGCGUGGCGGCGGCUGGUGCAUUGAGGACAGCUAAACACGGCUUCGUCUUAACGUCGUCCAAGGUGCUGCGGGCGGGCACCAGUCACCGUAUCUGCAUCACGCUCUUCAACGCGCCCGGGCCGAGGCGAAACGUGCACCUCACCGCCUGGGGCGAUGCCGGGGGCCUCCCCUGGUCGACGCUGGUGGAGAGAAUACCGGACACUGUGGGCGCUGAUGGCGACCACUGUUUUGACCUGGCCGUGCCGCGCACGGCGUCCGCUGGACUUGGUCACAUGCUUCUCAAGGUCUCCAGUGCCACCGGGCUCAGAUUAUCAGAUCUGGCGACGGUGACCAUCAAGGCCUUCACGCUGGUGACGCUGAUCCAGACAGACAAACCCCGAUACCGUCCUGGGGAUAAAGUCCUGAUCCGUGUCAUGGCCCUGAGAUAUGACCUCACGCCGAUCAUCGAAAACGUUCCUGAGGUGUGGGUGACCAGCCCCAGACAACAUCCGCAUCGCCCAGUGGAGGGACAUCAAGACCAGCGGAGGCCUGAUCCAGCUGGAGAUGCAGCUGACCGAGGAGCCACCCAUGGGCAGAUGGACUAUCCACGCGAAGACAAAUGA